UGUUAAUAUUAAUCCUGACGUAUACAAAAACCAAAAGUUUAAUAUCUCCCUGUCCCCCUCCUCAGUCAGCCUGAAACAGGAUCAAACAGAUUCAGAGAGCCAUUUUUCGGGGUUUGGGUUCGAAGCGAUUGAUUGUCGAAGAAUGGCUGAAGAGUGCAGAGAGACGCUAUUGAAGAAGGAUUACUAUGACGAUUGUCCCGGCUGCGUGAUGGAACAGCGCAAAGAGCUGCAGAGAGGCCUUCCUAUUAAAAUGCUUGUUUCUAUAUGGAUUAUUGUUCUUUCAGCUUCGCUGCCGAUAUCAUCUCUCUUUCCAUUCCUUUAUUUUAUGAUUAGGGAUUUGCAUAUUGCUAAAAGAGAGGAAGACAUUGGCUACUAUGCUGGGUAUGUAGGGGCUUCAUAUAUGAUUGGCAGAGGUCUGACAUCAAUUUUUUGGGGAAUGGUGGCUGAUCGCUAUGGUCGGAAACCUGUCAUAAUUAUAGGGACUGUUGCAGUGGUUAUUUUCAACACUCUAUUCGGACUCAGUGUAAACUUUUGGAUGGCCAUUUCUACACGAUUUCUUCUUGGAAGUUUGAAUGGUUUACUUGGGCCGAUUAAGGCAUACGCUAGUGAAGCCUUCCGAGAAGAACACCAAGCUUUAGGCAUGUCAACAGUUAGUGUGGCCUGGGGUAUCGGAUUGAUCAUUGGCCCAGCUUUGGGAGGUUUCUUGGCCCAGCCAGCAGACAAAUUUCCAAGUAUAUUUUCCCAAAACUCUAUAUUUGGGAGGUUUCCGUAUUUCUUGCCUUGCCUAUGUAUAUCGGUAUUUGCAUUUGGAGUAGCCGUUGCUUGUUUCUGGCUUCCGGAAACUUUACACAAGCAUGACGGAAAAGCUAGAUUACACGAUGGUCCUUAUGAAGCAUUGGAAACUGCAUCCGGUGGGUCUGAUGCAAAUGAAAAGCAAAAUACUGAAGAACAAACACCUAAAGAAAACCUCUUCAAGAAUUGGCCCUUAAUGUCUUCAAUCAUUGUUUAUUCCAUUUUCGCACUUUAUGACAUGGCUUAUACAGAGAUAUUCUCAUUAUGGGCUGUAAGUCCUCGGAAGUUUGGGGGUUUGAGCUUUUCAACUGAGGACGUUGGUGAAGUUCUUUCAAUUUCUGGUUUUGGUCUUUUUUUCUUCCAAAUUACUCUAUAUCCAUACGUUGAAAGGCUUCUUGGUCCUGUUAUGAUUGCUCGCAUUGGAGGGAUUAUAUCCAUACCUCUGUUGUCAAGUUACCCGUUUAUAGCAAUGUUGUCCGGGCUCUCCCUUUCCGUGCUGUUAAACUGUGCAUCUGUGCUGAAGAAUGUCUUAUCCGUCACGAUUGUGACUGGCCUGUCCAUCCUUCAAAACAAAGCCGUGGACCAAAAGCAAAGAGGUGCGGCAAACGGACUUGCUAUGACAGCAAUGUCAAUGUUCAAGGCAAUUGGUCCAGCUGGUGGCGGUGCAUUGUUUUCUUGGGCACAAAAACGUCGGGAUGCUGCUAUCCUACCUGGAAGCCAGAUGAUAUUCUUCAUCUUGAAUGUGAUCGAAGCAAUCGCAGUUCUGAUGACAUUCAAGCCAUUUCUUACUCUACAUGAGUAGAUCGAGAUCAAUGUAAACGGAAGUUCAUGUCGAUGUCUAAGGAAAAUCCCUGGCCACACUGAUCUUGUAGCAAGGAUAUAGCUUAGUGGGAAUAUUAGACACGAUCCUCAUUUUUCAAAGGGAAAACAUUAUUGGCAUUGGAGUUACAUGUAUCAUAACCCUUUUAGGAAGAAUAUUAGGGUUGCAAUCGAGCGAUUUUGAGUGUAUUCGGUAUGCUCAGAGUCUUAUCAAUUUCUAACUACUGUAUAUUUUGGCUCUCUAUUGAGGUUGAAGAUUCAAAUGAUCAACAUUCUUAUGGUAUGCAAAAAGAGUUGAAUUGCCA